AUGGCCCUGCUUAUGGGGGACAAGUCUGUGGGGUACCUGAUGGGCAUCAGAAAAGUGCUAGGCAAGAAAUUUGAGGACAAAGGUUUUGACAAGGUCCAAGUGAUCCUGGUCCAAUUCCUGGUGCUGAAAAAAGACAAAGACGUCUUCUGGGAAUGGUUCAAAGAGACCUGUGGGGUCAAUGCCAAGCAGUCUCAGAAUUGCUUUGGCUGCCUUCAGUAA